ACUCCAUCAACUCAGCUUAAGUCAUCGGAGGUGCAAGAGGACAUUAAGACAGUGCAGAGUAUCGUCCAAGCAGAGAGCCGCACCUUCCAGGUAGAAGAUAGCAACGUCCCUUCCGUAGCCUGGAAAGGUAUCGACGUUCCUGGAACGCUCACAAGGCUAAGGCAACACAGAAGAGUACACUUCAGCUCGCCGUUAAUGCGGUCGAGGGAGAAGCUGAUGGCGUUGAAGAAGGAAACGUGCGACAACCUCCCGGAAACAAAGCAGUCCAGUGGUACCAGAAUGAGACGAGUAAGUUUGGUGGCCAGGUCCUGGAACAAGCAUCCAGGAGGAGCCCAACGAAUUCUCAGUGGCAGGAAGGGUUCCAUGCACCAGCGUGAAAGGGGCUGGAACAAAGGAUAGAUAAGAAUGGGAGCCGCAGCAUACAUACACUACGAAGCAGUUGUGCUCUUCAUAUAGCAAUUCUUUCUAGAUAUGUCAAGGAAUAGCUCUAAAGUCCGGCUGAAAGCAAACCAGUGGCGGAACGGCGAUCCUAAAUGCACUCUCGGGGACAUGGCUCCAGACAUCAAGCUUCGUGUCAUAAGCGAGUCCCCCGAGUUCUGGGUGUCCCUUGAGAGAGGCUCCAAUCAGCCGACCGGUGAAGGACGCCUCAAACUGGAGAUUACACGGCAUGCACAGCCAGAGCACCCACGGGCUCUUGGUCACCCGCUUGCCUUGGUCGAGCUCCCAUACCGCAAUGGAGUUCUCAUCACUGCCCUCUAUCCGGACCCCGGAUACCGUCACGUAGCGCCCCCGAAAGUCGACGAGAUUGUUGGAGAUAGAAACGUCGCGCUCGUCGACUCUAAUGGACCCGCAAGGUGGGCUCACUCUCCUGAGGAGUUUCCAAUCGUACAGGCUGAGCAGCAGCGUCUCUGAAUCGCACGCGUAGUAGACGAGCUCGUCGCUGGCGACGAUCA